AUGGUGCUGAGCGCGUCAUCCGACGCGCUUCUUCAGGACAUCAUCGCCAAGCUCCAAGCCGAGUUCGCCGUCAAGGACAUGGGACCGCUGCACUUCUUCCUCGGCGUUGAUGUGCGACGUCGCGGCUCCGACUUCUUCCUGUCGCAGACCAAGUACGCCGAGGAGCUACUCGACCGCGCGGGCAUGAUGAACUGCAAGCCAGCGGCAACUCCGAUCGACACGAACGCCAAGCUGUCCUCCACCGCCGGGGCUGCAGUUCGUGAUCCGAGUGAGUACCGCAGCAUCGCCGGGGCACUGCAGUAUCUCACCAUCACGCGGUCUGACAUCGCCUAUGUCGUUCAACAAGCGUGCCUGCACAUGCAUGAUCCGCGCGACAGCCACCUCGCCAUCGUCAAGCGGAUCCUGCGAUACGUCCGGGGAACCACGGCCUACGGCCUUCAUCUUCGUGGAACGACGUCGACACCCACCAUCAUCGCCUACUCGGAUGCCGACUGGGCCGGCUGUCCGGACACACGAAGAUCCACGUCGGGAUACUGCAUCUAUCUCGGCAACGCCCUCGUCUCGUGGUCGUCGAAGCGACAGGCCACGGUGUCCCGCUCGAGCGCGGAGGCCGAAUACAGGGCUGCCGCGAACGCGGUGGCCGAGUGUAUUUGGCUACGACAACUCCUCGGCGAACUCCAUAUCAACGUUCCCAGCGCCACGAUCGCGUACUGCGACAACAUCUCCGCCAUCUACAUGAGCAAGAAUCCGGUGCAUCAUCGGCGAACCAAGCACAUCGAGCACGACAUACACUUCGUGCGGGAACGCGUCGCGUUCGGGGAUCUCCGCGUCGUGCACGUUCCAACCGAUCAGCAGUUCGCCGACGUAAUGACCAAGGGCCUGCCAACUACGACGUUCAACACCUUCCGGUCCAGUCUCACCGUCGGGCCACCCGACGCUGUCACUGCGGGGGGGGGGGGGGGGUGA